AUGGUUUCCUCACUCUUUUCGCGAAGCGCUGGUUCGCUUUUCAUGCUAUGGCUGGCUUCGCCUGCUGCAGCGGUGCCUGAUUACAAGUUGGUGGAGAAAUGGGAGGGCAGGAAUUUCCUGGACUUCUUCAACUUCCACGUCGGGUCCGACCCCACCAAUGGCUUCGUCAACUACCUCGACCAAGAUAGCGCAGAGGACGCUGGUCUGAUCAAGUUCACCGACUCCGGCAGCCUUUACCUCGGGGUCGACCACAAGAACAAAGUUGCCUCCGGCGCCAGAGGCCGCGACUCCGUGCGCAUUGGCAGCAAGAAGUACUACGAGCAGUCUCUGAUCGUUGCCGACAUCGCACACAUGCCUGGAAGCGCCUGCGGUACCUGGCCUGCAUUCUGGUCAGUGGGUCAGAACUGGCCUGCCGAUGGCGAGAUCGACAUCAUCGAGGGAGUCAACCUGCAGGACCACAACGAGAUCGUGAUGCACACCGGGGGUACCUGCAGCAUCAAGGAUGAGGGGAUGUCGGGGUUCGUCAAUGCUACUGGCUGCGGUGAGGACCUAGGAACCGUCGGCUGCGUUAUUGAGGGUCAAAAAGGCAGCUAUGGCACUUCGUUCAACAAACAGGGAGGUGGUGUUUACGCUAUGGAGUGGACCGAGCAGUAUCUCAAGAUCUGGUUCUUCCCCCGCGACUACAUCCCGCCUUCCAUCACGAACGGAGACCCGGAUGUCAGCAAGUUCGGCACCCCGAUGGCCCUGGUCGAGGAGGGUUGCGAUGUUGCCAACAGCUUCAAGGCCCAGUCUUUCAUCUUUGACACCACCUUUUGCGGUGACUGGGCUGGCGGCGUCUUUGGCAAGUCCGGUUGCCCCAUGUCAAGCUCAGAUCCUUUCCAGAGCUGCCACAACUUUGUCGCUAACAACCCGAGUGCCUUUGAGCAGUCCUACUGGGAGAUCAACUCGGUCAAGAUCUACCAGACUGGUGUGAACGGCCUCGAGACCACCUCGCACUCGACUGUGUCGCAAGCUCCUGUCGCCAAGACCAUUGCCACCGCGGCCAAGGAGGCACCCGAAACCACCGCCAUCGCGGAGACUUCCGAGCACUCUGUUGCUCACGAAACUGCUACUCGCGUCGUUGAGUCUUCGGCAGUGCACACUGCUGAAUCUGCUGCUAACGAGGAGACCUCCCCGGCCGGUGUCGUCGGCCUAUUGGGAGAUUCUACCACUGUAGCUCAGGCUUCUGCCACAAGACCUCCACCUGGUGCAUUUGCGGCGACUUUGGAGGCUCCUGCCCCUGCAGCAACUACCAACGAGAAACCCUCCACCACUCGCUACGUCACUAAAUACGUCACUUCUUUCACAACCAUAUGCGAGGCCUCUUCUGCGGCCGCCAGCGUGGCUGAGAAGACUGCGAAGCCUGCGACUACAGAAGUUACGGAAUCGGCUUACUCCCAAGUCCCGGCUGCCACGCAGACUUCUCACGGAGCUCAAACCUCAGCUAUCGAUGUGCCCAACGCUGGCUCCUCUGCUGACGCAGCUUCCAAGGUCGCCAACCAGUCUGCUUCAACCCAUGCCCUUCCGACAGUGAUUCCCGGCCCCGGGUAUAAUCUUGGCUCUGCCAGCCCUUUGCCCUCUGCAAAUUCACCAGGCACCUCCAAGCCUGAUAUUCCCGCCCCCACAGGAAGCUCGGCUCCCUCGGGUUCUGUCUUCACGGGCACCCCUAGCGCCGGCUACAGCCCCGUGUUCACUGGAGCAGCAGAUAAGGUAUCUGUCAAGUUCUCGACAUUUGCUGCAGUCUUUGCUUUCGCUCUCUUUGCAUAA